ACUUUCAACUCCAGUUGUAACAUUUCCUGAAUGAUAAGUGUGAAGUGCGCAGCCUUGUUGACGGCUCAGAGAGGCCCAUGGCCCCGGCCCUGACCAAAAUCCUGAAAAAUGGCCACGGGAUCCACUUGACCUCCCCUCCUGCCCCUGACGCGGUGAACUCCGACCCCAGAGACACGACGUGCGCCGUGGAGCUGGAGCCUGGCGUGCGAUCUGCAGAUGACGGCGACCUCCAGAAAAUGAUGAACCUUUGCUUGUUUCACUCUCUGGACUCCUGCCUUCCCCUGAGYCUCCUGGAUCCCCCUGCAAACCUCGGACUGCUAACAUCUACCCGCUCCGACGAGACGGCGCCCCUCGCCAGCCCGGGUUCCCUCGUCAGCUUCCUUUCCUUCAACAAAUGCCAGACAGAGUCCCAGCAAGGGGUUGCUGAUUUCCCAGGUGUGCCGGACGUGUUUUUAAUCCCUGUCCCCGAGCACAAUAGCCAAGAGGCUUGUCUGCUGCACGGACAGAGUGCUGUUCCUGAAUGGAGACCAGAUGGUGGUGACGUGCAUCCCUCCCAUUCUCGGGUGCUUCCGUCUCCGAGUCGCACUCGAAUAUACGCAGCCCAGCCUGCACUGAUGUGUGAGGGAUUAGCAGGGCCGGCCUGUCGUCCUCCUCCAGUUUCUGUGCAGCCUGACACGUUAAACCUCGACCAGGUGGGGUUUAAAGCUGGGCUAGAAGAGCAGCUCUCCAAGCAUCAGGGUCUACAAGACAAAGCUUGGAGGCUGCAGAAGAGACUGCGAGCCCUACUGGGAGAUCACGCCUCGCUCCACUGCAGCCAGCAGCUCGAGGGGCUGCAGAAGCGUCGUGAACUCGGAGAUGCGUCCCUCGACAGUCUAGGCUGUGCGCAACGCGCUUUAGUGGAUCCGCAGGCCUACAGUGAUGCCGUGUUUUCUGAGUCCACCGCUUGGCCUUCCCUCACAGAGGUCACAGAGUUCUGUGACUCCAGCCAGGUGGUGCUGAGAGGCCUGCUGGAGGCCCUGGACUCGGAGGCCACGGGCAGCAGCAGCUCAGACGACGAGCCAGAGGAGGACGCGGAUCGUGGCAAGAGAUCAUUUGUCAGCAGCAGCAGUGAGAGGCAGUGGCUUGAAGACAGAGUGGAGCUGAGCAGCCGAUGGAGCUGGCUGCAGCUGCGUCUGUCAGAGCUAGACGGGCGAAUACAGCAGCUGACAGAACUCCACUGGAACAUCUGCGCCACAAAGGGUAGGGUGGUGCUUGCAGACCCCCGCCCGCUGACUGGCAGGCAGAAUCAGCAGACCCCGAAGAGAGAAAAGGUGGAUUUAUCAUGCACAGCAUCUGAGGCUGACACUGAGCCCUGCAGCCCCACACGUCUUCUGCACAAUAUAGAGAGACAGAGCGCCCAGCUGAGCCAGAUUGUAAACAGUCUCAGCUUUUCGCCACUCUCUAAACAAGACACGGCGUGGUGGGGGAGGAAAACCUUCACCAGCGGUUUGGGAGGAGGUGAUGGUUUUCUGCCUGGGAGCUCCAGGAGGAGGGGAAUGGGGACCGGAAAGCUCUUCAAAGCUGAUUUAUCAUGUGUGUGUGCCCGCACUCGACCCCUGGUUUCCUACCACAAGCGCAGAUUGUUUAAGUUCAAGUCCUCCAAUCCUGCUAGUUUAUCGAAAUCAAGAAAGUCAACUUCGACAGCGUCCUCAUCUUUCUCAUCAUCAUCGUGUGGCUUUUGUAAUCCUGAAACCUUGUGUUCUAAUCCUGACUGCAGCUCCACCUCCAGAACUCCUACUUUGGUGCCUUUUAGCUCCGACUUUCCCACGUGCCAUCAUUUACAGAGACCCAUGGCUCGAGAAGUAUGGCUUCAAAAGCCUUUAGUUCUCAGCUCUGAGCUGGCCAGUCCUGCAAACUACAGGAGAAACAGCUCCACACCACGACACAACCGUUACAAACACAAGCAGCAUGCACGUUACCAUAAAAUAAGAGUUAUGAGUCUGUCACCAAUCAGAUCAUCAGGAUCUGCCUGGACUCCCCGCAACCGAUCCAWUCAGAGGAGAAGGAAGAGAGGACGGAUCCACAGGCUGACUGAUGAUGAUCAGGAGGUACCGUACCAGCUGUGUGAUGCUGGAGAAAGUUCAGAUGACYUGUUCGAGGAGACCUACACGCAGAUCACACACAACCAGGCCUCUCGGGGCUUUGUCCACAAACGUCAGGGAGACAGCGUGUACAAUAUCAACAACAUUGUCAUCCCUGCGUCGCUUUGUAAAGCUGAAAAACUGCAAUACAAAGACAUCCUGACGCCCAGUUGGCGGGUAGUUGACACGCAGCUGACAGAGAUGGAAGCAGGGAAUGUGAAGGAUAGCGAUGCAUGCCAGAUUGAGGAUCUCAGUGAUGACAUCUUUGCUCAGAGGCACCUGGCUUUGGAGCAGAAAGAGAAGUUGCGCUGGUCAUCCUGGGAGAGGAGAAAACACCGCAGGCGUCCUUCGAGAUCUGUCAGCAGGCCACCGGGCAGUGGGGGCAGGAUGUACACAUCAGGAGAGGAGAGCUCUGUGGACUGGAAUUGUGCUCAGCAGGAUUCUGACGAGCAGCCAGGGUCAGAGGAGUGGCUGCCUCAAGCACCUUGGGAGCACCGACUUUUUCCUUUGGAUGAUGCUGAAGAAGCCUCUUUGCUUUCUGAAGCAGCAGUCCCAUCUGGGUGGAGAGAGUCCAGCUCUCUUUCCCCCUCAUCAGAUCCCUCCACCUCACAUCUUUCCCCAGCUCAGUCCGUCUGUGCUGCACUGCCCUCUCAUGGACAAAGAAAGAACUGCACUUCAAGUGACAGCUUAUGUAGCAGCGUUGAUCUCCUCACAUUAGGAUCCAUGAGCCAAACUGGUCCCCAGAAAAAAACAAAAACAAUAGAUUAACUGAUGAGAAAUGGAUAUGUCUGAUGUGAUUAACUGAAUACUUUGAUGAAAAAGGAAUAAUUUUGUAUUUUUGACAUUUGCCACAAUAGUUAUUUAUUUUUAUUUUUUAUUUUUGUCUUGUGGCUCCCUCCACAGCUUCAGGUUUAAUGUAAACGAGGUACUGUACGUAAAGUAAUUCUGACCAGCAGGUCUUCUGCAGUGUCAGGUUUGUGCACUCUUUGUAAAUCUCACAUGCUAUUUAUAACCACAAAUGUCUUAAAAUGUACAUCGGAACAUAUGUUAGUAGAAGCAUUUAUUUAUGUAACUUGUUUAAAUGUGUUGUUAAUUUCAUACAAGCRGUCAUUUUGUAUUUACUUUUAUGAAAAAAGUAAACAUAGUGGAUUUUA